UUUGUUUGUUUAUCAGUUUUAGAUGGGUUACCCCAGUACAGUGUUUCAUGUCUGCUAAUAAUAGUGUUUUGGGGUUUAUCUGCGAAUAUCGAACGUCCAACGUCAAGCCAAAUUUAUUCCAGUCUUUCACACACCCAAACGUCACCCUCAUUUGCCUAGAGAGGCAACAAACAAAUGACGCUAACAAAUGGCUGCCUAUUGGGCAUGUCAUGCACUACCAAGGGUGUAACAGCAAUUCGUUUAUUCCCUUGGUAGUGCGCUUGUACAGGUAGUAGGCAGCUAUUUGGGAGACGGGUCAAGUCGGAAGUAGCUCUAAAACGUGACUGUUCUUGCAACAUGUUUAAAAGUGCGAUAAACGAAGCCAUUUAUCGCGAUUUAUAGACAACGAAUACCUGACAGUCGAAACGUUGCGCUUUCAAUAAAUAGUUGUUUGGAGCGGUGACUUCAGUAUGUGGAUAUUACUCUUCUUUUUUCCAUAAAUGAAGCCAACCACCUUUUUUCUGGACUGAAAACUAUGGCAUGUAAAGUGAAGAAGAUAUCGGUGGCAUUUGAUCCCUUAAAUGAAAGCAGCACAUUUACUAAUGGAGACUACAUCUCUGGACGAGUAACUUUGGAGGUGGUGAAGGAAACUCACAUCGAGAGUCUGUUUGUCAAAGCCAAAGGCAAAGCAUCUGUGCUGUGGUCUGAAAAUCACGGGAAAUACAGCACAUCUGCGUAUUACGAUAAAGAAACGUGCUUUAAGUCAAUUCAGUACUUCAUUGAAGAAAAUAAGAGAAACGGUGAAGAUGGAUACUCACUGUUAACAAAUGAGUCUGGGCAGUGCUACUCAAGAACUGUUGAACCUGGAAUCCAUGUUUACCCAUUCACCUUUCAGAUUCCCCAUCAUGACCUGCCUGCAUCCUUCAAAGGCUGCCAUGGAAAGGUGGUUUACUUUUUAGAGGCCAAAUUGUCCAGGUCAAUGUCAAUGUCAAAAAAAGCCAAAGUACAUUUCAACUAUGUUCCUCGGGGAGACAUGUCUAUACCGUACUUGAUGAUGCCUCAGCAUGGAUAUAAAGAGAAGAAGUUGAAAUUCCUCACAUCUGCGAGUGUGGCCAUGGAUGUUUAUACAGAGAAGAUGGGUUUCCACUUAGGUGAGGAAAUGAAGGUGAAGAUAGACAUUGUAAACAAUUCCUCUCGUACAGUCAAACCCAAGUUCAGCUUGUACCAGAAGCAGAGCUUCUUCGCCUCAAAGAAAAGAAAAGUACACACCAAAGUAGUCCUGAAAGAGAAAGGCGACCGCAUUGAUCCAUCAGCCAAGCAGUCUGUGACCAAGGUGUUGAAGAUUCCACCAGACACCUGUGUUUCCAUCCUUAACUGCAGGGUUCUCAAAGUGGAAUACAAACUGAAGGUCUAUCUGGAUAUAAAAUUCGCACGUGAUCCACAAAUUAAACUGCCUCUAGUGAUUUUUCCUGCCUAUGUGACCCAGGAAGACAAAGAUGUAGCAAAUACAGAAAUGGGCAUUGGCUCCAAAUCAUGGAUCAGCAAGCAGACUUGAUUAACUCUGACCUACAAGUUCCUUCAGUGACAAAAAUGAGCACUUUUUAAAUACUUACGAUUCAAAUGGCACUAUGCACAACUCAAAGAGGAGUUUGUGUUCUGGGGUUAAGUGCCUAGUUCAAGCACUUAACCUUGGACCAAUUACACUUUAUUAGUUGAUUACAUUAUAUGGAGUGUCAUGUGAUACUGUGAAAUGGUUCCCCUAAACUAUACGUCAGAAAAGUUUGAUGUUUUUCUACCUUUAAUACUUGCAUAUAAUUGAAGAGGAUUCAUUAUAUUUAUACUCAAUGGAUAACAUACUGUAAAUUUUCUAUUACCUUUCUAUUACAGUUACAUACUUAACUGAUACCUUUCUAUUACAGUUAUAUACUGUAUUCGUGCAACAAUUAAAUGAUUUUUUUUUCUUUUCAGUUAGUUGAUAUUACA